AUGCUGUCACUAAAGUCAUUGGUCUUGGCAGUCGUGCUGUUGACCUUCAACACCCUGUUGCACACCGAUGCUGCGCCUACAAGAAAGUUAGAGAAGAGACUUAUGUUACCUCUGGCACCAGUUGCCAGCUCAAUCAACGGUGUCAGUAUCCUUCUCGAGAACGACGUCGACUCAUCCAAAGUCAAAUUCUCCUUUCUUCUCCUGUCCCAGCCUAGAGGAUACUACGAUGGCAUGGACUCUUGUCUCUCCUUGGGUGAUGGGGGGUAUACCUUCAUUCCAGGAACAGCAGGUGCAACUAGUUUGAUCUCCUUACUCAACAACAACUCUGUCGCUCAGCAAGAGGUCUCUAGUUACUCUCAGUUCUGGGUCUACAGUGGCGUUCCCGGAAUUCUUUCCAACUGCCUCGCCGUCAAUAAGAUCACCAAGAAGACCGACUGGAUCCCCUGCAGCACACAACUCCCCACAGUCUGCUUCAACAGCGUCCUGCGGCGUGUCCUCCUCUUCCAAGAUACUAGUCGCCAAAUCAAACUUGACACACCUAUCGGACAACUCCAGGGCUGGCGCGACAUGAACGCAUUCCGGUUCUUGGGUAUCCCCUACGCUGAGGCUCCUACUGGUGCACGUCGCUUCGCAGCACCUGUUGCUAAGGCACCUUUUACCACCACCCGAGACACGACCGAGUAUGGACAUAUCUGUCCACAGACACCCAAGUCGAAGGGGAUCGAGUCGAGUAUUCUUGCGUGGCUUGAGAACUCGGCGACGGAAGAUGAGGAUUGUUUGAAUCUGAAUGUGUAUACCCCGAGUUUGAAGGGUCAAGGGUUUGCGCCUCUGCCUGUCAUGUUCUACAUCCACGGAGGUGGAUUCGCCAACUACUCGGGAUCGAUCAUCUUGUUUGAACCUGGCAAUGUAGUCUCGCGUGGAGGAGUAGUCGUCGUAACCAUCAAUUACCGCCUCGGUCUUUUUGGCUGGUUCGAAGACACAAACUCAUGGUCCCGAUCUAAUGUCCCCGGCAACCAAGGCUUCCGCGACAUGAUCCUCGCCCUCCAAUGGGUCAAAAAGAACAUUGCUUCUUUCGGAGGUGACCCAAACCGCGUCACCGUCUUUGGCGAGUCUGCAGGCGCCACCAGCAUCCGAGCCCUCCUCUCUGCCCCUUCCACGUUCGACCUCUACCAGAGUGUCAUUGGCGAGAGCGACCCCAUCAACAUCCCUUACCAUACCCCGCAGUCUGCCGCCAGGCUGACCAACUACCUCAUGGUUGCCUUGGGCUGCAACCCUGGUGACCUGGCCUGUGCGCGUGCCAAAUCUGCGAACGAUAUCCUGGAAGCCAGCUUGACGGCUGAUCAAUUGCAACUCAACGACGAUACUUGGACGACCUUUGGGCUUGUCGAACGACCCACCACCGAUGGCGAUCUUAUCCCAGCCGACUUUUCGGCACUUGUCAAGGCAGGAACAUACAACACAAAGGCCAACAUCAUAUGGGGUACCACCAAGGACGAAGCGGGUCUCUAUGUUUCGCUCUACUUCCCCAACCCGGUCCCGAUCGCCAAUGCCUCUGAUGCUCUUGGGUUGGUCUUUGACAAAAACCGGACUGCUACAGUUAUGGGUUCUCCUUAUUUCGCAUUGCCCCCUGUCAACACCGACGCCGUGCGCGAUGCGUUCACACACUUUGGUACCGACUACUAUUGGCUCUGUCCACUCCAGUACCUCAGUCGUCAGAUGGCGGCUCACAAACCGACCUACAACUUCCGCUUCUCCCGUGGUCGUGAUACUCCUCUUGUUGGUGACAAUUACUGCUCCUCCUCUACUGGUCGUGUCUGCCACUCCGCAGACGUGCAACCCGUCUUUGCUAGCGGGGUCUCAGUUCCUGGAUACAGCCAAUCCGGCGAUGAUGCCCGCUUCGCACGCCAGGUGGUCGAUCGAUUAACAACAUUCGCCAAGACCGGAAACCCGAACCCUCAGCCUGGACUUGUUGGUGUCGAGAACCAGAACCCAGAUGCGAUAAGCGUGCAAUGGUUACCUUACAGUGCAACGAACCCAGUGUUAGAUCUGAACGUGCAGAGCAAGAUGGUGACUAAUCUGGAGGCGGAUGAGUGUCAAUGGAUGGAUGACGUCUUCCUGUACGACUUUUGGAUCCGUAUUCCUGAUAAUCCUAAGUAA